AGGUGGAUAUGAAGCAAAGAAAAUAUGUUUCUUUUUUAAUACCGAAAUAAAUGAAGACAAAGAAAAACAUAAAAUGGAUGUAGAAACUCGUGAAGAUCCAUUGAAAAUAAUUGUUAAAUGUAAAGUGAUCGAUAAAAACGAAAUUACGGCUGUUAUAGCCAGAUGGAAAUGGUUGAUCGAAGAGAAACUUAUGACAUACGUUAUUGAUGGUAAUUCGGAAAACACUAUUGAUCAUGUAAAUCAAGCGAUAACCGUUUGUAAAAUUAAAAAUGACGUCUUGGCAUUACAGUCGGUUAAAAACAGCCGGUUUGUCAGACUGUUUAGCAAGAAGCAACAAUAUAUAGACAUGGUCAGAAAUGCCUAUGAAAACCCUGUUAAUCCUUUGGCUGAACACCAUGAGUAUUCGAGGGAUCCAGAACUGAAGAGACGAUCACAAAGAGCUGGAACAUAUGAAGGAGCUGGAUCUUUUAGGCGAGUUGAUUACAAUGUUGGUUUGGAUCAAAAUGACAAAAUUAAGUUUAAGUUUGAAACAGACGAAGGUUUGUUAGUUAAGUUGUACAAAAAACCAAUUACUAAACUUCAAGUUGAUGCUAUUGUUAAUGCUGCCAAUGAAAGUUUAGCCAAUGUUGGUGGCGUGGCUGAUGUUAUAGCGAAAGCUGCGGGAUCGAGACUGUCAAGAGAAUGCAAAGAUAGUGUAGCGAAAAAUGGUAAAAUUCUAGAUGGAGCAAACGUGGUUACUUCAGCCGGCAACUUGCAAUAUCGGGCUGUCAUACACGCAGUAGGUCCAAGAUGGCACGAUUAUAGAGACAAAAAAAAUUGCUUAGAAGUACUUAUGACAACUGUUAUCAACAUUUUAAACCGUUCAUGUUCGAAAAAUUACGAAUCAGUUGCUAUGCCUCCAAUAAGUUCGGGCAUAUUUGGUGUACCAAAAUCCAUGUGUGCUGCUAUGUACCUGAAAGGUAUAUUUGAAUUUAGUAAACAAGGCAGACAUGGAACAUUAAAGGAAUUCCACAUAAUAGAUAUUAAUGACGACGUCCUUGAUUUGGUAUAUGAUUGGUAUAUGAGAUUUCAGAACAAUCAAAGAUGUCUUGACUUUGAUAUAGUACUUGCAAAAUCAGCCGAUGCAAACCUGGACCAUCCAGGUAAUAGAAGAUUUGGAGGAAAUGGACACACUGGACAUUAUCAGAAGCCUGAUAAUAGACAUUCUGGUUCGCAUGGAAACUCAGAUAACUUUGCAUCAUCAUGGAAGUCUAUCAAUAAACCUGAAGGAAAUAAAAGAUACGACCACAAUGGCAGAGAAAUUGGUGCAUUGAAAGGUACAGGAUCAACCCCAAUAACAGGCAAAGUUAUACGAUCGUUUUGUGGUAAAACUGAUAUACAUAUUUACACUGAUGAUAUCCUCAAAUUAAAAAAUAUGGAUGCUGUUGUUGUUAGUGAGGAUGGACUAGUGAAAGGAGAAGGAGGUUUGUCCAGGGCUUUACUUGAUGCCGGCUGUAAUACCUAUAGAGAUGAACAUAGAAAACUCCAACCGUGGGUAAUGGAGAAAUCUCGAGCAACAGUUUUAAUGACAUCGGGAGGCAAAAACCUACCAUUCAAGCAUGUUUUGCAUGCUAUUCUUAGAAGAAAACCAAAUGAAAAGGAGGAGAUCUUCCAAAAGGAGUUAUCAACAACCAUCAAUAACAUCCUCGAAAAGGCAAAUAUCUUAGACAACAGGAUGAAGAAAGGAGUUUCUAUAGUUUUACCUAUGAUAGGAUUAGGUACAAAACCAAAUGAAGAUAUAAUCAGUAAUUGCUGCUGGACUUUAAUUGAAGCUGUUAAGAAGUUUUUGCGCAAGUGUAAAAACAUACGGAUUCGGGAAAUACACCUGGUUAACAACUCUGACGUCGUCACUGAAGAUCUGCAGAAGAAAUUCACAGUACGAUCGUUCAGCGCCAAACCCCCACCACCCACAAAAAGACCUUAUUCUUCUAGACCAGACGACCAUGAUAAGUAUACACCCUCAAAAAGCAUGACGAAAUACGAUACAUGGCGAUUUGAUACCUUGGCUGAUACACAACAAGAUGUAACACGGUUCAUGGUGAAACAUGUUAAGACAUCCAAACAGAAAGGUAACUUAAAUAUCCUGAAUGAUGAUGAUGUCCCGGAUGAAGAUCAACCCUGUGUAGUUUGUUUAUGUGAAAUGGAUGAUCCAGUCGAACUGAAAGAAUGUAAGCAUGCAUUUUGUAGGCAGUGUAUUAUGGAAGUAUUUGGAGCGAAACCAUCAUGUCCAGUUUGUGGAACGCUGUAUGGCAAAGUAUAUGGUGAUCAGCCACGAAAUGGAAUUGCGAAUAUAUAUAUUGAUGAAGAGUCACUUCCUGGAUAUGAUAGGAAAAGGACAUGGGUUGUAUAUUAUGAUUUUCCAGAUGGAAAACAAGAGAGCUUCCACCCUGAGCAAGGUAAACCAUAUGAAGGUAUCAAAAGAAGGGCGUUUCUUCCUUACAAUGACGAGGGCACAGAAGUGUUAAAGCUAUUAAAGAAAGCAUUUCAACAAGGACUGACCUUUACUAUUGGAACCUCUAGAACGACUGGUAAAGAAGGUGUGCUCACGUGGAAUGACAUACAUCAUAAGACGUCAAGGACUGGAGGCUCACAAAAGUUUGGGUAUCCUGAUCCUGAAUACCUGAUGCGUGUAAAGGAUGAAUUGGCCAGCAAAGGCGUUACUUCAGACAAAUGACAUGUUAAUACUGUUAUUCAUUUUCUGAAAGAUUAAAGUUGAGGAUCAGAGAAUAUUUAAUUUCCUCUUAUUUGUUCAGAUGAAAUGUUUAUAACACUUAUUAUUUUAUAUUUUAAACACUUUUUAUGUAAUACCCGGUAGUUUAUUUUACUGUUAAAAUGUAAUUAUAAUUGCAAGCUCACCUAGGUAAAAGGAUCAUCCUUUAGUAUGUGUCAUAUUCCGUCAAAGCUGCUAAAAGAGCCCUUGUUAUCCCCGAGACAUGUAUACGUCUCUGGUUAUCCUAAACCACUUGUAUAUCAAUAUGAACUUAAUUGUCUUAAAAGUUAUCCACACGUUUCUCUUGGUAUAUGUAGUAAGACCUGACAGACCCCUACAUCACGCCAGACUUUAUGUUUCAAAAAAUGAAUAUGUUAUACAUACAAGUCCAAAGACUUCAUAUCAAAAAAAAUUAAUUAUUAUUUGAAUUUCUGUAAUAAUGGUACUGUAAGUGACUACUGAAUGGCUACAGAAAUAAUAGAAUACAUCCUCAACAUUUGAUGGAUUGCGAAAUUAAUAUUUGAUAUAGGGAACAAAUGGACAAUUUUUUACUAAUUUACCAAAAUUUUCCGGAAAAUAUAGUCAAUUUCGUACAACAAUAUGAACAAAUGUUAUGUAAAAUUACAAAAUCAUAUCAUAGGUCUUUUCACCACACAUGUAGAUUUUAAGCUUUAAAUGAUUUUUUAAAAAUAUAUACAAAAUAUAUUUUUUUAAUUACAACGAGGAAGAAAAAAAGUACACUUUGUAAAAAUAAAACUUCCGCUGUCAGAAAAGAGACUAUCAUCGCACAAACUCCUAAAAAUGUAGUUUGUAGUUUCUUCUACGAAAUAAGGGAGAUAAUAAGAUACUUCUGGUUUUAAAAAAGUCCAUUGAUAGGGAUAAUAACUAUCAUUGUUUACCCCUAUUAGUAUUUUUGAAAUUGUCAUUUAAAAAGAAAUUGACUGAGUUUAUCUUUAUUUCAAAUAAAGAAAUAGUUUGUAAGCCAACAAUUGUAUCAUGAAAAUGUUUGGCUUAUUAAUGUCAUAAUUCAAUUUAUUUACUAAGUAACAAAAUAAAGGUUUGCAUAAAAUGAAUGUGAUUUUGUUGCGAAUGAAUGACUUCAGGUUAGCCGUGUAAGUCAUUUUUGUUUGUCCCUUAACAUUUGUACAUGAAUAUAUGAUUAUUAUUAUAUUAUUACUUAUUUAUUUAUAUCUGGCAUAUUAAAUUAUUACUUAUUUAUAGAUAUCUUAAAGAUUAUCUAUACGAUUAUGUUACGAGAAUCCAAAGAAAUGAAGACAUGUUGUCAUAUGUCACAGUCAGAAAUUCAAGGUUUACAAAGAGUAAAUUGGUUCUGAUAAACUUCUCACAGAAUGACUACAUUUGGUAUUUUACUAUAGCUUCUGUGUUUUUUCAUUUUACAGAAGCAAAUUUGAAAUAACACGAUAACAGUUUUUGUCCAGAAAAAUAUUCUUUUAGCUUUACUGGAAGUCGUUCUGUUUAUUGAGCGGUUUAUUUUUUUAUCACUUUUAUCAUGUGUUUUUGUUUUGUAAACAUUGCAUUAAUCAUUUGGUAAAUCUACUCAAGAUGAGAUUACAACAUUUGACACUAUGAAUACACAAGUGACGGAGACGCACUAUGGAACAUCUUCAAAUUUGACUUACACCAAUAGAGUCAAAUAUACCACAUAAAAUGCCCAUUUAUAAUCACAGCCUUCGGUGAAUAAACAACAAGCGACGGAAACUCAUAAAUACGAAAACAAGUGUUAUAAAACUGACCGAUAAGCCCUCUAUAUUCCCCAUCCGCACACGAUUGACAGAAACUGUUAUCUAACAAUCUAAAUGUAUAAAUAAUAGUUUUGAUCACUUAUAGCCUUGA